GACGGCUCUGUUCUGUUUCUAUGGUGGAAGUGAGUGAGGCUGCUGCAGGAGAUACAAACAGCUCCGCACAUUCAUUAUAAACACGGCGCUAAGAGACACCAGGAGAUGCCGCACAACUUCCAACCCGGUGAUCUGGUCUUCGCUAAAAUGAAGGGUUAUCCGCACUGGCCGGCCCGGAUUGAAGAUAUUGCUGAAGGAGCUGUGAAACCUCCACCCAAUAAAAUUCCCAUAUUUUUCUUUGGGACUCAUGAAACAGCCUUUCUCUCACCAAAAGACCUCUUUGCUUAUGAGAAGCACCAAGAUCGUUAUGGAAAGCCAAACAAAAGGAAAGGAUUUAAUGAGGGAUUGUGGGAAAUUCAGAACAACCCACAUGCUUCUUACACUGCCCCUGCUCCUCCAAGCUCGUCUGAAAGUGAGGAGAAUGAAGCUGCAGCAGAAAGUGAUGCACAAGUGGAAGAAGAUGUCGUGGUUCCAAAAACAGCAGAAUCUGGAAGUGAGAAUUCGGACUCUGAAAGUGAAGUUCAAGUCAAAGAACCAGUGAAACGAAAAGCUCCAGCGGCAAAGCGACCUGUAGCAAAGAGAGGACGAGCACCAUCCAGUGAGCGAGAUGAAGAGGAGAGUGGAUCUCCCUCCGAACCUGAGCCCUCACCCAGCUCUGACUCAGACUCCGGCAAAAACAGUGACCAGGACUUCACUCCACAGAAAGAGUCCAGUGGACAAGGUGGCAAGAAGCCUGCAGGCAGAGGCAGAAAGAAAAAAGCGUCUUCAGAUUCCGAUUCCAAUUCAGGAUCCCAGUCAGACCAUAAACAGGAGCAGAGUGAUUCUGAGGACAUAAAACCACGACCGGCCGUCUCGGGAUCCGAGUCUCAGUCCGGAUCCAAGUCUGAUUCUGAAUCGGAUCCUCCUCCUAAGAAAGCUCCACAGGCACGCAAAAAAGAGAAACCUCCACAGAAGCCACGUGGAAGAAAACCUAAACCAGCACCAGAAAAACCAAUGCCUGCUUCCUCUUCCUCAGACAGUGACAGUGACAGUGACCAGGAUGGCAUCAGCGAUUGGAAAAAACGCGACGAGCAGCGGCAGCGGGAGAUGGAGGAACGCAGGAAAAAGGAGGAAGAGGAGGAGCUCCGUCGGCUAAGGGAACGAGAGAAAGAGGAGGAGGAAAAAAAGAAGAAGGAAAAAGAACACAAAGGAGAGCGUAGCGACGACAGUAGCAGCAACAGUAGCAGCUCAGAUGAAAGAGUAGAGGACCAUCCUCUUAAGAAGUCCAAGAAACCACCGCCGCCUCCUAUUCCUGCACCUUCAGAUUCCGACUCUCCACCACCUACUGAGGGGAAAAAGUCCGCUAAACGUAAAGAGAGCCAGAAAGGCCGACAAAAGAAAGAAAAAGAUGUGAAAGAGAAAAAGGAGAGGGAGAAGAAAGAGAAGAAGGUGCAACGGUUUGAGGAGAAACCAAAAGCCAGAGCAAAGCCUGAAAAGCCGGUACGAAAAGCUGAGCACCCACCUGAAAAGAAAGUAGUGAAGAAAAAAGAGCCAUCUCCUGACGAGAAACUUCAGAAGCUGCACACAGACAUUAAGUAUGCACUGAAAGUGGACAACCCAGACAUUGAAAAAUGCUUACAGGCUUUGGAGGAGCUGGGCUCUGUGCAGGUCACCAGUCAGAUUCUACAAAAGAACUCUGACGUCAUCAUGACUCUAAAAAAGAUCCGCAGAUACAAGGCCAGCAGUGCUGUAAUGGAAAAGGCUACAGAGGUCUACAACAAAUUGAAACUUCAGUUUGUUGGGAAAGCGGAUACAAAUAAACCAAAACCACAGGAGAAUGCUGAGGAGGAAAAUAAAACAGAAGCACCCAGUACAGAGAACUCUAAACCAAUGAAUGGAGAGUCAGAAGCUGAGAAAAAGGAUGUGGUUUCUGAAUCUACAGAGCAAGAGGAGUCCAAGACGCAAAACAGUGUUGGGCCUGGACCAGACAGCCCUGCUGAGGAGCAGUCGCACUCGGCUGAAGAAACAGAUCACACUUCAAGAGCAGACACAGAGCCGCCAGUACAGAGCUGAAGACCUGAACUGCAGUCGUCUUUUCUCAGCUGAACUGAGAGCUUUGUCACUAAUCUGUUUAUUCUGUGAAGACGCUAUCUUUACUGAAGACGUCCCUCUUUUACAGACCCCCCCUUUCUUACAUUCACCUUGGUUUUGUCUGACAGUUUGCCAUGUGUAUAUAAAACCAUUAAUUCCACUACUAAAAUUAUACCCUUUUUGAACAUGAAUUGAGAUUACCGAGGUCAGCAAGAGUCUUAGAUGUUCAGUGUUGCUGUGGUUCUGCACAAACAAUAUUUGGUUGCUGUGGGAAAAUCAGCAUUAUUUAAAAUAUUUAAAGGAAAUACAUGUGUGAAAACUGUGUUUGGUACUGAUAAGGCCACCUUUUGUUAGCAAGACUCUACCAUUUCUUGUUCUUUUGUAUAAAAAAGAAAAAAAAGAAAAAGACAGUUAACCAACACCAUAUGUAAAUUAAACCAUAUAGCAGGAGUUAAUGAAGUAUUGUCAUACAGUAGUGCACCCAAAUUUUAACAUUCAAUAAUAACUGGAGGUGAUAGUGUCAAUGCUAGAUACAAUAGAACAGUUCAGUUCCUAGUGUUGUUUUUUCAUCAGUCAUAACUUUUAAUUGUCUGUCCCUUCAGUAUAAUAACUUCAAAUGUUUGGACACCUCUGGUAAAGUACCAUGUUUUCUUAAUUUUCUAAGUAAAAAUUAAUGAACACAUCUAAUAAGAACAAACAUUUUCAUAUUUUAAUGAAUACUUACUCUUUUGUUGCUGAAUUUUACAUAUUGGAAAUUGAUUUGAAUUGAUUUAUGACAAAUGUAAUACUUGGUUUAUUUUUAAUAUAUUAAAGUAAAGCAAAGAAAUGGUGCUGAAAUUGUGCAGAAAAUGCCAUGUUUAAGUUUUCUGUAGAGGAUGUUUAUGUACAUGUUUUUCCUCUGAAAAUCAACAAAACAUGGACAGAUCAGGGGUGUCCAAACUUUUCCAUCAGACUGUACAUUGUAUACAGUCUCAGUACUAUACAUACUUUAUUUUGUUUAAGAAAAUCAACCAUAAGCUUCUUUUUGCUGUAAACAUGUUUUAGCACAAUGUAAAUUGGUCAAAUCAUUUUUAUGAUUAAUGGAAAGUAAAUAAAUGUCAGCAUGGUGGCCCUAACUUUA